GGGAUUGCCUUGCAGGCGCGCUUGCACGAGAUGGGGAUAAGUGAGCCGACGCAGGUGCAGGACGCUUCCAUCCCCAAGGUGCUCAAGGGCGGCAACGUGGCCAUCCAGUGCUACACGGGCUCCGGCAAGGCAAGCAGCUCCCACUUCUAUCAUCAUACGCUGGCGUACCUCCUGCCAGUGCUGAGCCUGGCACUGCAGAGGGCGGAGCAGGAGUUUGAGGCGCUGUCAUCGCGGAAGAAGGCAGCGCUGGCUGGCAGCCUGCAGGCGGUUGUGGUGGUGCCCAGCCGCGAGCUGGCGAUGCAGAUCGCGCGCGUGGGUCAGGCGCUGCUGCCACCCCAGGCGCGCGGCUGCGUGCAGCAGGCCAUCGGCGGCGCCAACAUCAACCGCCAGAUGGAGGCAAUAAAGCAGAACAAGCCACUGAUGGUGGUGGGCACGCCGGGCAGGCUGGCAGAGCUGAGCCGCUCUGGAGCGCUGCAGACACACCCGGCCGGCAUCCUCGUCCUCGACGAGGUGGACCAGCUGCUGGCGGUGCAGUUCCGGGAGGACAUGACGCGCCUGACUGAGCACGUCGGCCGCAAAUGCCCCGCCGGCCGCCAGACCAUCCUCGUCUCAGCCACCCUCACCCAAAACGCGGUCUUCUCGUCGGUGCAGGCGGCACAGCCGAGCCAGCCGAAGCAGCAGUCCGCAUCUCCAUCUGCGCCGCAGUGGGGCUGGGAUGACCUGAAAUUCAGCGCAGGCGACACCCUCAACCCAGCCACGCGGAGCAGCGCGGGUGGAGUGGGCACGGCAGACGCGAUGCCGCUGAUGCCGCCGAAGCUGGAGCACGGCUGGCUACUGGUGGACCGGCGGCACAGAGUGGACGCCGUUCGCCGCGUGAUCCACGCCCUCAACUCGCACCGCGCCCUCGUCUUCAUGAACUUCCAGCAGCGCCUCAAUGACACCAAGUACAAGCUGGAGGUGCACAAGAUGGCGGUGGGGACACUGAGCGGGGACAUGGGCAAGACCGAGCGCGCCAACAUGCUGCGGAGAUUCGCGCGCGGCGACUUUCGGGCAUUGAUUGUGAGCGACGUGGCUGCGCGUGGACUGGACCUGCCGGACUGCGAUGCCGUCAUCAACCUGGAGCUGCCCAGCGAUGCUGCCCACUACGCCCACCGCGCCGGCCGCACCGGCCGCGCCGGCAGGGAUGGUGUCGUGGUGUCUUUGGCGGAGCCUUCGGAGACAUUUGUGAUGAAGAAGCUGGCGCGGAGGCUGGGAGUGCCCAUCCCCGAGUUGAGGAUACAGGGAGGAGUCAUUGAACCCAUCCCCAGUGACCCAUCUGCAGCCGCUGCAAUCGCAGGAUCUGGAGCGGCAGUGGAGGAGUGAAAAGUUGUAGUGUGCUUUUGUACAGUCAUUUAAUGUUACAUGACUGGCUCAUAUUGAUGCUUGCUUUUAAAAGUGACACGACGUGACGCAUCUUGGCAUUCACAAGCGCCAUCACAUUAGUGACCGACCGGGAACUAGGCAGCUGUAGGAUUUUGUCUGUAAUGGGGCAAAGC